GCAGCUCCCCAGGAGCCCCCUGCUCGGCCCCAGCAGGUGGGCAGUGGAGGUGGCUCUGCCUCUGGGCGCGCCAUGCGCAGCACCACGCUGCUAGCGCUGCUGGCGCUGGUCCUGCUGUACUUGGUGUCCGGUGCCCUGGUGUUCCAGGCUCUGGAGCAGCCCCACGAGCAGCAGGCCCAGAGGGAGCUGGGGGAGGUCCGAGAGAAGUUCCUGAAGGCCCAUCCAUGUGUGAGCGAACAGGAGCUCGGGCACUUCAUCAAGGAGGUGUCGGAUGCCCUGGGAGGGGGUGCGGACCCGGAAGUCAACUCAACCAGCAACAGCAGCCACUCGGUCUGGAACUUGGGCAGCGCCUUUUUUUUCUCAGGCACCAUCAUCACCACCAUCGGUUACGGCAACACGGCCCUGCGCACUGACGCGGGGCGCCUCUUCUGCAUCUUUUACGCGCUGGUGGGAAUCCCGCUUUUCGGGAUCCUGCUGGCGGGGGUCGGCGACCGCCUGGGUUCCUCCUUGCGUCGCGGUAUCGGCCACAUCGAAGCCAUCUUCUUGAAGUGGCACGUGCCACCCGAGCUGGUGAGGGUGCUGUCCGCGGUGCUCUUCCUGUUGAUCGGCUGCCUCCUCUUCGUCCUCACGCCCAUGUUCGUGUUCUGCUAUGUGGAGGGCUGGAGCAAGCUGGAAGCCAUCUACUUCGUCAUCGUGACGCUCACCACCGUGGGCUUUGGCGACUAUGUGGCGGGCACCGACCCCAAGCAGGACACGCCAACCUACCAGCCGCUGGUGUGGUUCUGGAUCCUGUUCGGCCUGGCCUACUUCGCCUCGGUGCUAACCACCAUCGGAAACUGGCUGCGAGUGGUGUCCCGCCGCACGCGAGCCGAGAUGGGCGGUCUGACAGCGCAGGCUGCCAGCUGGACAGGCACGGUGACGGCGCGGGUGACCCAGAGAGCCGGGCCCGCGGUGCCGCCUCCGGAGAAAGAGCGGCCGCUCUUGCCUCCGCCGCCAGCCCCAGCGCCGCCGCCGCCUGCCAUCCAGAAACCACCUUCGCCCCCAGAGAAGGUGGAGAAAGUGGAGCCGCCCUCCCCGCCCACCGGCUCCGCCCUGGACUACCCCAGCGAGAACCUGGCCUUCAUUGACGAAUCCUCGGACACGCAGAGCGAGCACGGCUGCGCACUGGGCCGUGCAACCCGGGGCCGCCGCCGCCCUAACCCCCCGAGGAAGCCAGCGCGGCCCCGGGGGCCGCGGCACCCGCGCGACAAAGGCGAGCCCGCGUAG